AUGGCUUAUAAUAGAGAAAACGAGUUAAAUUAUGAUAUUCUCUCAUGGGAUAUAAUAAUCAACUAUCUAAAAGAAAAUAUUGAAUUAAAACGAAGUAAUCAAGCUGAUCAUUGGGUAGAGUUAUUAAAUGAACGUGUCGCAAAUUCUCAUCGAGAUUUAGCACGUACAACACCAGCUGUCAAUAAUUAUAUGCAAUGGAUACGAUCACGAGCUAAAUGUAUUAAAGCCUCAGCAAAACCCAUUCCUACAUCAAUUUUAGGACCAAAGAUUACUGAAGGUGAAAUUAUUGAUGUUCGAAUUUCUUGUAGAGGUCCAGAUGAUAAAUUAUACGAUAAAGAUGAACAAUUAAGACAACGUUUACCACGUGGAUGUACUCUAAUUCAAUGCCGAUUAAAAGAUGAAGGUCAACCACGUUUAGAUUUUGGUCUUUUUGCUUUAAGAAAAUUUAGUGGUGGUCUUGGUGAUGAUGAUGAUCGAGAAAAUGAUAAUCAAGCAUGGCUUCGAUAUUUUCUUGAACACCCUAGAACAGCAUCUCAAAUAAUCUGUACAAAAAAGAUUAAUGGUGAAGCAUGUCAUUUAUCAUGUAUAUCACUUCCACCCGAUAAUCGUUUAGUUUUAAUUGCUGGCUCGAAAAAUGUUCAUAUAUGUUUUCGAACUCAUUCUGAUAUAUUAGCGUAUGGAAAUGAAUCAACAUAUAAUUAUGCAAGUUCAUUUUGUCAUACAAUUCUUGAUACAUUAUCACGUAUGCCUGAUAAAGGUUCAAAAUUAUUAAAUUUUCUAUCAUUAACACGAUAUACAGCUGUUUUUGAAAUACUUAAUUAUGAUCAUCAACAUGUUGUUAAUUUAUGUUAUUUAAAAAAUGAACCAAAUCGUUCGGAAUUGAAAUUUAUUACAUUUGCACAAGUACCUCAAGAUUUCGAUGCUGUUGUUACAAAUCUAUGUGCAUUACCACCUGAUUAUGCUAUUGAAAUUGCUCGUUGUUUACAUUUAUCAGCAACAGAAUAUGAUAUUAUUGAAAAUGAACCUCAUAUUCUUAAUGAAUAUUUAACAUCAAUUAAAUAUCGACAUGAAUGUGAAGGUAGUGUACUUUAUUUUUUAAAUAAAAAUGAUCAAGUUAUUGGUUUAUUAAAAAAGAAAACUAUAUGGUAUGUUCUUCUUCGUGCUAUACGUGAAAAAGCUCGUCCAAUGUUGUCUCAUUGGGAAAAAGAUCGUAAAAUGGAUUUACCAGAUACACUUGAAAGAGUUACUCGUCGUUUCAAUGCUAUACAAAAAUGGUUGCUAUUUUCUAAUGAAAUUCUUCAGCAAUGGCAAAUGUUAGCUAAACAAUUCAUUACAUGGAUAGCGGAAGAAGGAAAAAGAAAAAAAAUUACACGAGUUGACGUUGCUGAUGAAUAUCCUAAACUUUGGUCAAGAUUUCUUCAAGAAACAAAUAAUAAUGAUAAUUUUAUGAAAGCAAUGACUGAUAAAAAUGGUGAAGAAGAUGUUUGGAAACAAUUGAACGAAAUGAAAAUCGAAGAAAAGAAACCGAAAUAUGACGAGAGAAAAAAAACUAAACAACCAAGUGAUUUAGAAUAUGAAGAAGAUAUUGAUUUAAGCCUUAAAGAUGCAGAUGAAAAUGAUGAAGAGAAUUAA